AUGACUCUUCAGCUUCAACCCAUAGAUUCCGAGGUUGAUUUUGCUGCGCUUACACGGUGCCUGUUUGAAUCCUAUGAACGCCCUCUGCAAAAAUUCUUUCAUCUUUGGUUCCCCAUCCAAGGAACGGGUGACAAUGCCCGCGAAGAUGCAAUUGAUGAAGCAGCAAAUCGGCUACAGCUAUGGCACACGCACGAUCCAUCGAGUUACUGGCAAAAAGUCGUUGUUACCGAAAAUGGUAGAAUUUCAGGAGGGGCUCUCUGGAAAAUCUACAAUGAAAACCCAUUUGAAAACCCACCCCCUUCUAAUGUGACUUGGUUUCCGAACGAUAGCUCCCGCGAGUAUGCCGAGCAGGCACUGCAAACACAUUCUAGACCUCGGUAUAAAGUUGCGCAGAAACCACAUAUUUAUCUUCAUAUCGUCUUUACCCAUCCAGACUACCGACGCAAAGGUGUUGGCCAAAAGUUUAUGAACUGGGGUAUGAAAAAAGCGGAUGAGUUGGGGUAUGAGUUUCUUCUAGAUGCAACACCGUACGGAUGA